GCUCUUGUGAGUUUAACUGCGUGGGUUUGAAGACAGCACUUUAAAAAAGAAUGAAAUAGUCGUGAAGGGGGCUGCGGAGUGCCAGGCGACCCCUCAGCAGGAAAGCAACUUGUUUGUUGGGCUCCAACCUCACAACAGCACACCCUUCUCUUGCUGAGCUAAAUUCUGGAGGAAGUCUUAAUGGACUCCUCCGCACCGCCAUCUGCUGUCACUUCGCAAAGUCCCUUACAUGCCGCAGCCAACAGAUUUAAAGAUCUGAUCGGGGGCAUAUUCAAGGAGAGGAAACCUUGGGGAGAACUCGCCGAUCGGACUUCCUUUUCCAGACCUGCUAGCUUAGCAGAGGCAACUGGGCGUCUUCGCAAGAAUGCACACUACUUCAAGGUCAACUACCUCAUUGUCAUGCUGUCUGUCACCUUCAUAACGCUGGUGCUCAAUCCCACGUCCCUCAUAGCCCUGGCCUUCCUGGCCAUGGCCUGGGUGUACCUCUUUGUGGUCCGGCAAGCACCCAUCGUCAUUGGGGGCCGCACUUUCAGCGAACGGGAAAAGUUCAUCGGCAUUUCCAUCAUCACCCUCAUUGUCAUCUUCUUCCUGACAAGUGUGGGCACGGUGUUGUUCACAGCGCUGGGGAUCAGCGUGGCAGCGAUAGCGCUGCAUGGCUCCUUCCGCGUGCCAGACGACCUGUUCACAGACGAGAUCGAGGGGCAGACGGGGUUCCUGGGCAUCUUUGGGGGCUCGCAAGCUGUCAACCCCUUGAACGUGGUCUGAACACCCCCUGCAGAUGGCGAGAGAGCAAGAUUGGCGUUUGGCGCUUCAGAUUGCAGGGACAUCUGAUCUAACCCAGAAGUCUAACUUGUAUUGCAAGAGACCUGCGUACGGUGAUGGGAAGUAUGCAGCUUUGGUGCAACAACAGGUGCUGUGCACCCUGCUGUAAUGGUCUUUCAUACUCUCAGAAGUCGGUUGGGGUUGCCAGCCAGAAAGUGCAAGACCCAGUCGAUGGUAUAAUUAAUUGUACAAAAACUGCAAAAGAGGUAGAUAUUUAGACUAUUGUGAUCUUUUUCGGUGCGCUAGUGUGACUGAGAUGUGUCUGUCUUUGUGGACUGCGAGCAGAAAGCUUGACCAACUCAUGUUAUGUGACAACGUAAGCCUGAGUCUGAGACAGUGUAAGACACCUCGACCCCACC